CAUUCGGAAGUGUUUGCUGGUGCUGGCUGCUGCUGCUGCUGUUUGGGUACGAAACCCCGAAAAACAGGUUCGCAAAACGACGAACUUUCCUGACAGAGCGGGCAGAGUGCAUCGAUUGGAGUGCAGCCACCGGGAAGGUCCCCUGUCGCGUGUUUGGUGUAGUUUUGUUUUUCGGCAAUUAACGGAAAAUUCAAACGAGCCAUCGAAGUGAGCGGUGUAGUUUAAUACAUCCGGAGGUCAAUCAAAGGGUCUACCUGACGCCUGCCGAACGAAGGUGCGCCCCAAACGAAGCGGUUCGCCGUACGUAUACGUGUAGGAACAGUGUUGUUGCAAAACCAGUGCCAACUGAUCGUACGGUCGCGUUGCCGUUAAAACUGCAGUGAAAGAAAUCCACCAGCAUUGCGGCAGUGGGGACGACGGCGCAAGAUGAAUAAGUGUACGGUGGGAAGACUGUUGAUCUGCUUGCUGAUUGCGUUCAUUGCGGGAGCGCACGGUGCCAGCAACUAUCUGUACGAGUCUGACGAGCGGUACCCGGUACCGUCCAACCUGCUCGAAGAUGACGUCGAGGACAGUGAUCGGGCGAGUCUUACGGAUGACGGGCUGUUAGAAAACUACCUACAAGGUGGAGCCUCAAAACGAUCAUCCCUGAUCCAGGUCUACCGAAGGGGAUGCAUACCACGGGGUGGCAACUGUGACCAUCGGUCUAACGACUGCUGCCACAACAGCUCUUGUCGAUGCAAUCUGUGGGGAUCGAACUGUCGCUGUCAACGCAUGGGUCUGUUCCAGAAAUGGGGAUGAGCGCUGAACGAGUUGGAACACUAAGCACCGAAGCACCCUUUCCCGAUCACUUUCCUUUCUUCACUUAUCUCAUCUUGGUGUACUCCUUUUUAGAGCAACUCUUAUUUGCUUUUGUUGUUUCUUUUGUUUGCAAGUAACAUGCUGUAACAAUUUAAUUGUUUGAAUCUAAAGUUGACUUAACCUAUGAUUUGUACACACUUUACUCUGUUCAUUAGUGUAUUAGUUGAUUUUCCAUAAUUAUUGUUUCAACUUUAAUCUUCAAAACAUAAAUACGGCAACCAGAACCCUGCAAUCGAUAUACCGGAAAAGCGCAAAACUAUCACGGAACACGGAACACGAAAAGCAAAUCUCUGAUCACGGAACAACGGAAACCUAAACCUUUACGAUGCAUUGUAUGUAACGCGCAACGUUUAUUGCAAAACAACAAAAAAAAACACACACACACCCACACUAAUUACUUCCUAGCUGCUCUGAUGGUGAAAUUAAGGAUUUUAUAUAAAGAAAGCAAACAAAUACAUUUAUAUAUAUACAACCAAAUAUAUACAUAUUAUAUAUAUACACGUACAUAAAGCAUACAGUUACGCAAAACACACAUUUUACGGAUUAACGCCAGUAGCUCCCCAUGCGGAUGUGUGUGUGUGUAUGGGGGUGGAGGGGGCACAGGAUUUUGGCGCACUCCGAAAUGGUGGCCUCCUUGGGGGCACUGGCACCAGUGUUUGAGUGAACUCGAAAAGUGUGUUCCCUGCAGACAUUUUGGGGGGUUUUAAGCAACACCCCGUUUGGCAACGAUGCAAACGUUGCCCAACGCUGACUCUCCAGUACGAAGAAGUGUCCACUGGUUCAACUGGUUCAGGAACAAAAACCCCACAUCGCUUUGUUUCUUCGCUGUCUGUUCUCCUCAAUUCCGAACAUCCCGAGACAGAUCUGACUGAUGGUGUGGUGACUUGGUGACUGGCGAGAUCGGGGAAUGACGAAGCACUGUUACUGUAUUAAACGGGGGGUAGUAGUAAGGGGUGAUUAAACACAUUAAAGCCACCGCCGGUACUACAUUUCCCUCUACCUAAGUAUGAUAAAGAUAAAUGUAAAAAAAAAAACCCACAAACAAACAAAAAAAAAGAAAUAUUAAGCUCUAAGCUUCUCAAUGUGUACCAAAUGCCGUAAAUGCGCAUUUGGUGGUAAUUUAAAUGAACAUCAUAUACAUCUUUCGCGGGAAAAAUUUUUACUUUUCCUCAUUGCAUUAUUUUUCUUGCAUGAAGGAUUUGUUUGUUUGUUAGAUUGGAGAAGAUAGAUUCUAAUAAUGUUUUGUUCGAUCCGCUAUUUAAAUCGUGUAUGGAUGGAAUUGUUGAAAGUUUUAUAAAUUUGAUGUUUUUUUCGAUGUGUUUUUAAUUAAAUGCUUUGUUUAAAAAAGGGGAAAAAUCAGUUUAAAGAAAAACAUUUUAACAUGAAAACAGAAGUACCCAAGUAGAAGGAUCCACCAGUGAAAAGAACUAUUGCAAAGAAUUCUGUCCAGAAAAGAGAGAGAGAUAGAGAGAGAGAGAGGGAGAUAUAGAAGAAAGAUGCACUAACAAAAUAUGCACUGAUUGAGCAGACGUGGACAGAUAAAAAUAGCACAAUGGAAUGGAAAAUUGUAAAACAAAAUAGUCCUAUGAUGUGCUGCAGCGCAUGGUAAACAGUUUUACUGAGGUACAUAUGAGUUUAAGAACCGUUUAGUAGAUUCAAUUUGCUAAAUUUGAAUAUAAAAAUACACAUAUAUUGAACCACAAUAUGAAACGGCUACCCAUAGACCCAUCUGCCUAAUGUGGACUCCUGUGAGAGCGUCAUGGUGCCCAGCCACACAACAACACACAAACGCAGGUUAGGACACGUUAGGACACGACCGAUGCAAUUCCUCAACUACUACCGUUCAAUGCAACAAUCUACUGUCAAUCUCUCAUACACACUGAGGUACUCCACAGUGUCUCAGUGUCGAGUUCGCAAUGCUACUAUCAUUGAAACCCCACGUGGGCAGCUUAGUUAUUCGCAAAAAAAAGCCAGCGACUAAAAGACUCUCGCAGAAGGGUGAUCGGGGUUUGGUUUCGCUUGUUUGCAGCAGUUAGUUACUAUUGUUGCCCCGGCAAUGCUCGGUGCUAGGUGUGUCAGUGCCGCCCAAUAAACUAUUGCCAGCGAUUGCAUCUCCAAUUGCACCAACGACAUCCCGCGUGCGGCACGGUACGAUGUCGAGCGGUGGACCGUUUCCCAGCCUUUCAAACAAAACGAUAGUUCGAUAUUCACCGCUCGUCACCGUUUUUGGAACACGGUCGCCCCUCUAGUGUGUUGUGUGCGGUCAGUUCUGAUUGAACUACUGCCAUCGCAGGACUGGGGCCUCAUAUAGCUUUCUAACCCUUGACAGUGAAGCGCCUUUUGACCCCCUUUUGCCGAAAUCCUUUUCUUCGCAGUGAGUUCAAUUGCAAAACCAUUCAUACCUACUGGUAAGCAUGUAGCAUCUAGCCUCUAGUACGUAUUUCGAUGGACGAAUUGUAUUUAUCCCGAACUCGUUCCCAUCCCUUUCCAUGCCCAAACUAGAUCAAACCAUCAACCAAGCAAGAUCAAGUGUCGUUUAAAGUCGUUUCUAUACUUAAACUUAAGAGAUGUAAUUGUGACCACCUAAUGAAAACAAACAAAAAAAAACCAAAAACAAACUGAAUCAUAAUAAGAUAAAAAGCUUUCAAACAAAGACUCCACGAGACA